AUGGAGGAUGACGUGGCACGCCAUCCACAAGAUUAUCAGCACCAGACCCAAGAACACCAAAAGCCCCUUUCAACACCAUCUUCAUUCUCCCACUCCACAACACCACCACCUUGUACACAUCUCAUCUCUAUUUUCCCCUUUAAUAUCUUCCAUAACAACCUUCGAUCUUCAAAGGUGCAAGUAGUUGGAUGGCCACCAAUUAGAUUGUUUAGAAAGAAAAGUUUAAAACAAAAGAAAGUGGAAGAUGGAAGUGGAAUGUACGUGAAAGUGAGCAUGGCUGGUGCACCUUACUUGAGAAAGAUAGAUUUUAAUGUUUACAAAAGUUAUUCAGAGCUUCUCAUAGCUUUGGAAAAUUUAUUCAAGUGCACAAUUGGUGAAUAUUCAGAAAGAGAAAGGUAUAAUGGCUCUGAGCAUGCUCCUACUUAUGAGUAUAAGGAUGAUGAUUGGAUGUUGGUUGGAGAUGUUCCGUGUAAGUUACAAUAAUUUAAACAGCUUCUUUUAAUUUUUAUUUUGUGUUUUGUGAAGUAAACUAAUUAAUAUGUGUGUAUUUAUAUUAAUUGCAACAUGUUCAUAUCCUCCUGCAAGAGGUUGAAGAUAGUGAAAGGAUCAACGGCAAAUGGGUUGGCAUGUUUAUGACCAUUUAAAAUAAACAACAGCAAAGACCAUGAUGCAUAUUCUUGAGUUAAUUAUCCCAGGAGUCCCUACAAAGGGGUUAGCAUGUUUAUGACCAAAAACCAUGGAUGCAUCUUCUAAAGCAUGCAUGAAGCCUAUGAAGUUAAACAUUGAGAUUGUUGGUUAAGAAAUUUUUUUCUAAAUCGUUAAUUCCUCCUGGUGUUCAUAGAUCUGGUGCGGAUAAGUUCUGAAACCGUGUAAUAACACAUGUGUCAAACUUGCU